AUGAACGCACCUGCAGAUGAGAACGAAGUCGCCGGCGUUACGGGGUUAGACCUAGGGACCCUGGUGCCACGGAUUCUAGCCGUUAAGGUAUUUGAGUCCGAGACAGCCUAUCGCGAAGAGGUAGCUGAAUCUAUUGUCGAACUCUUGCUGCAGGUUCAGAAUAGGGACGCUGGCACGUCUGAACUUCGCAGAAGACUAGAGGUGGGUGACGCUAGCGUAGGUGAUCGUUCGACCUGGGCAGUAGACAAAGAUGGCCUGCUCAGGAAAGAUGGUAAAGUCUACGUACCGCAAGACAAGGCCGUAAGGCAUGAAAUAAUGAAAAUGAACCACGAUGAUCCCCAAGGUGGCCAUUUUGGACGUGACAAAACCAUCGAAGCGAUCAAACGCAAGUACUCGGGGCAUGGUAUGAGCGAUGAGAUUGCAGAAUAUGUGAGGACCUGCGAUGUUUGCCGACGCGUCAAGAUACCGCGGCAUAAGCCGUACGGGUUGCUACAACCACAUCCAGUGCCAGAUAAGAAAUGGCAUACAAUCAGUAUGGACUUUAUUGAAGGCCUACCAGAUAAUAAGAAGGGAAGUCAAACUUAUAAUGCUAUUGUCAUAUUUGUUGAUUUGUUCACUAAAUGGGCCGUAAUUGUACCCACAUCUUCAAGCUAG